ACACGGACAACACACAACAAGGCACCACAGCAAAUGUGAUGACCUGUAAAUAAACAACUUGUUGAAAUUAUUGACAAUAACCGUCUACUAUUUUACGUCAAGACAAGACGUAAUUGGUGUUUACGACUCUAAUGGCAUCCAGAACUUUAUAACAAGGCACCACCGACACGAACGCUACUUUUAAUGUCCGGAUUUUUCCUAUAAAAUACCACAGUGAACCUCGUCUACUGUUACGCUGGCGACCAUGUUGUCUUUCUUGGGUUUACGUAAAGAUUCAAAGAAGCAACCAGAAAGGGAAUCUGAUGGCGGAUUUGUUAUCAUUGGAGAAACCGUCGAAGAGCAGCGUCAGAAGAUGCAAUCCAUGAACAUUGCGCAACCUUCGACAAAUGUCAUUGUCCAGCCAUCAAAGUCACGUCCACCUGAAGUGCAACCAAGAGAAAACCAUUUCUCCGUAUCAAGCACGUCCCUACCGGCGGCGGCGGUGGUGUCGUCAGUCGUAGAGGCUGCGUCACCUGUACCAGAUCUCCUCGGGGACGUCCCCUUUACGUUGUCUCCUCAUGUGCAAGCAAUGCAGGCGGGGUUGUCUUAUAUUCCAGAUGUACUGCUGUCCAAAGACAUGAACUCCAACCUGGCCUAUUUCCAGUAUGACUUCAGUUUAGAGAAAGCUGUCCUUCAUAAUGCAUAAGCGUCAUUUAUGCAAAUUUUGUUUUCCUGAGAAAUCAUUAUUUAGAUUAGUCUUUCUUGCAUUGUUACAGCUUUUCUUUGGAGUGCAGUGAAAUAUAAUCUUCACACAACAAUUGUCAAAUAAUACAUUUUAUAUUCGAUCUUUCUGAUGAAUCACUGUCAUAUUAACCCAAUGUGCCUUAUAUAUUUUGUUUGUUAUUGUUAUUGGGAGACAAAGUCAAAGUCAAAAGCACAAAAUAUUUAUCAUAAACUUUAUGUCCACUGAUUUAUGAUGUUUACAUGUGUCAAUAUUUACGUACUAUAAUCUGUUUAAUAAUACGGUAAUAUGUACAGGAAACAUUUCAUACAUAAAAAUAUUGUACAUUAAAGAUGGUAAAAGCAAACCAA